UCGAUAUGAUGACAAAGUCACGACAUUUGCUGACAGUAUAAAGUGAAUUUAAAUUAUGGACUCACAUGCGCGCAUGAUGAGAGGUUAAGAAGUGUAGUUAUGAACUUUAUGUUUUAAAAUACACUUGUGUGUGUGUGUCUAUAUAUAUAUAUGUAUAUAUGUUUAUAAACCAAUUUAAAAAGUACGAAUUUUAAUUAGGAACGUUAAAAAGUAUGUUAGAAAGAAAACAUACAUUGAAAAUGGGAGUUAAAAAAGGACGGUACAUACGUGAAUCUUCAGGAAAAUCUAUGUCGGAUGUGAAACAAAUAAUUUCAAUGAAUAAGAAAGAUAAAAAAAUAAUCGUCAUUGCGCAAGAAAUUAAAUUUGCCCGACUACUUUCAAGUAACAACAAAAUAAUUCGAGAGAGAGUACUAAAAAAUUUAAGAAAAUGGUUAACAGUUCGUUCGCAAAGUUCUUUUGCAUUCACAGAAGCAGAUUUUAUGCGAUUAUGGAAAGGUUUAUUUUAUUGUAUGUGGAUGUCAGAUAAACCUUUAAUUCAGGAAGAACUGGCAGAAGCUCUUAGUAAAAUUGUGCAUUGUUUUAAAACUAAGGAUGUAGUAUUACUUUAUACAUCAUGUGUUUUGAAAACAUUAGGUAUCGAAUGGUUCGGUAUAGAUCAAUACAGAUUAGAUAAAUUUUGCAUGUUAGUUCGUAAAAUAAUUCGACAGACUUUUCAAAAGUGUAAAGAGAUGUUAUGGGACAUUGAAUGGAUAAAAGGCAUUUCUGAAAUAUUUGAAAAGCUGUUAGUUAAUCCAAAAAUAUUUCAUGGUUUUAAUAUGCAUAUAACAGAAUUGUAUCUAGAAGAACUUGCAAAGAUCAGUAGUGGAAAUAUAUCAGAAGAUGUUGUUACAGAACUUAUUAAACCAUUUAUCUCAUAUUUCAUAUCAAUGGAUGAUGAAAAACAAAUUAAACAUGUUAUGAGACACAUUUUUAGAUAUUUGAUUUUUCAAUCGGAUAUUGGUAUAGAUUAUAUGGAAAAAUUUAAAGCUUGGAAAAAUGCUGGUUUUCCCACUGGUUCCAUUGAUGCUAUGGAAAAAAUUGAAUUAUCAGAUGGAGAAAUAGAUAAUACUAUUGCAGAAGAAAAAAGUUUUCUUGAAAACCAAAUGAAAUAUAAUACAGAAAAACCACUAGAUCCAAGAGCUGGCAAUGUAGAUGUUGAAUUACCACAAAUACCUUUUGAUCCUAAACAGAUAUCUACUUUGUUAAAUGAGUACAAAUUUCAUCCCUCAACAACAACAAAAUCACGGAGACAAUUACGACAUCUUAUUAAAGAAUUUACAGAAUUAUCAGAUGGUAAAAUGCCAUUAGGCAUCAAAGAAAUAAAAAUUUCAAAAUUACAAAAAAAAAAUACAGAUACAAAGUCAGCUGCAAUACGUCUUUUGAAGUUCGAACAGGAAUUAUACUCGGAUAAGUUACAAAAAGAACGCAAAAGAAAUAAAAAUAAGCAAUUAAUGCAAAACGAAACUGAUAAAUUUAGCAAAGAAGAAUUAGAAAAAGUUAACGAUAAUAAAGAUAAAUCUAAUAUUGCAGAAAUUAUAAAAAAAAAGAAAAAAAUGAAGCGUAAAUUAGAUUUUACUGGUAAUUUAAUAACUACAGAUAUGCAAGUAACAGAUGAAAAUAAUUUUAGUUUAAAGAAAAAAAAAUAUAAAACAAAAGAAGAGGAUCAGAAUAUUUGUAAAACAGAUUUCAGAAAUAAUAAUUACAAAUUAAAAAACAAUCCUUCAGCAUUAAUUGAAGAUACUGAUAAGAAAAUGAAAUUUAAAAAAAACAAAGAUACAGUUGUGAAAACAUUAAACAUUGUCAAACAAGCAAAGAAAAAAAAAUUAGUAAAAAUAAAAAAUACUGGUAAAUGGGAUAUUUCUGAUAAUGUAGAUCCAUUCAUUGCUACGCUGAAUAAUGAUAGCACAAUAUCAUGUAUGAAAAGUGUUGAAAAUUCAGUUACAAGUAAUAGCGAACAAAAAAAUAAUAUAUACAAUAAACGGCCAACAUGGUUGGUACCUAUAUUAACAAAAUUAGAGAAUGAAAAAAAAAAAACACCAAACUUGAACAGAAAACAUUCUACGAAACGAGUAAAAAUUGCUCUCCAGUGUAAUACAGCUCAACAUACAUCUGAAUAUAUUUCACAAAUUCGAAAAAGUCCAGCUAUACCUUUUGAUGCAAACAAGAAACCAUUAGCAGGUGUACUAAAAGCAAGUCCUAUGCUAGGUCCAAUUAAUCCAUUUUAUAAAAGAAAUGUGUAAAUGUUUGAUAAAUUAAUUGAGAAUUAUUUGU